AUGACGCUAGUUAGUGACGAUGAUCGUGAGUCGCAUGACGAACACUAUGAAACAUUCGAUAACCUCUACGACGAAGUAUCCAUAUUGCUCGAAGAGCAAAUUGCUAGAAUCAAUUGUGGUUCUCUAGUUGCAAACGUAAAUGCCAGUCAACUGCAUGCCGUAGCAGUUCCGCAGGCACCCGUUGUGGUCCAGCAGUCCCUCCGAAUGCCAAUUCCUACGUUCGAUGGCCGAUACGAAAGCUGGCCAAAAUUUAGGGCAAUGUUCAAGAAUUUAGUUGAUAAAACCCUCGACCCACCUGCUGUAAAACUUUACCACCUUGAUAAGUCAUUGUUGGGUGAUGCAGCCGGUUUAAUCGAUGCCAAAACCAUUAAUGAAGGCAACUAUGCUCAUGCCUGGAAGAUGCUAGAAGAAAGAUACGAGAAUAAGCGCCAUUCAAUUGAUACCCAUAUAUACGGACUGCUCAACCUCAAGCGGAUGUCAAAAGAAAACCACAGUGAAUUGAGACACCUGGUGGAUGAGUGUUCCCGACACGUAGAAAGCCUCAAAUUCCUUCAGCAAGAGUUUACCGGGGUAUCCGAGCAGAUUGUUGUCCAUCUGCUAGCAAAUUCCUUGGAUAAGGAAACCAGAAGACGUUGGGAAUCAACCAUUGCUCAUGGCCAGUUACCAAAUUACGAUGAUACCCUAAAGUUUCUGAAAGAUCAAUGCUUCGUUUUAGAACGCUGUGAAGUAUCUAAGUUACCUCCAAGUCAGGCCAAAACAUUAGCACCAGCUAAAUUGAAUCACCAAAAAUCUUUAGCACUCACGUCCAGCGAAGUAGAGGUUAAGUGCGACUUUUGCGGAAAAGGACAUCCAAAUUUUACCUGUUCCGAGUUUGUCACUUUCCGUACCGCAACGAUUAAAGAAGAGGAGCAGCGAUCAGCAAACGAACAGGAACCAUCACCUAAACCAGAACUCCCUGCUCAGCAGGAAAAAGAGCAGCAGCCUCCACAAGUAACUAGCGCCACCUGCUCAUCCGUAAAAACUAGACCGCUGCAGCAAGUAUUAUUGCUGAUAGCUGUAGUGGAUGUCAUCGAUAAAAAUAACAACCCCCGCCCCUGCAGAGUUUUACUUGACUCAGCCUCCCAAGCAAACUAA